AUGCCGGAAGUUAUGUUAUACGGUGGACCGUUCACAUUUUCCAAUUAUGGUCCUCUGACAACAACAUACACUCCACCGCCGAGUUGCACUGCAACUGAUAGGCUCCAUCUUGGCCAGGUGACAUCCGGAUUUCCGCGCGUUUACCUCGCUGUGAAGUGCUCUUCGCAAAGCCAAUGGGAUUGUGUUCCUACUGGCACUUCCACCUCAGCGACAACAUACGACGAUCUCAAAUAUGUCGGGAGCGCAGGAUAUUACUCGCCGGGUCUGUAUUGCCCUUCUGGGUGGUCCACAAUGGGCUUGGCCACGCGGGACGAACACGGUUCUGUCAGUACAUCGGGCUAUCUAGUCACGACCGCUAAAAAAGUGCCUUAUUAUGAGGAGCCGGCCACUUUGCUAGCUAGUAUGUUGAAGCCGAGCGAAACGAUGGCGCUUUGCUGUCCGAGCGGGAUGAAGCCCGACGGCUUGGGAUCAUGCUUUUCUACGGUCGCAGACUACAAACCGAGCGUGGGCUGCACGACUAGCGAGGACCUCGACUAUGAUUGGCAGGAAAUUACUCGGACAGCCACCUACUCUGGAAGUGCUGUUACACAAGUCUUUGAGCAUGCUUCUAUAUCUACUAUCUCUGUAGAAACGACAACAACAACUUUGGAACCCGGGGAGGAAAGAUUUCUGACUGGGAUCGAGAUCGUCCCUAUUAUUACAAUCGUGCAUCACCGAUCCGAUCUUCCGGCGGGAAGUUCAGCCACAGCUAAAGCCACUGGAACAGGCUCCACCGAGACUGCGUCUAAUAGUGGAGGGUCUUCUGCUACCGCUGCUUCCACGUCAAAUGCUGCGGUUAGAUUGGGUUCGCGUUCUUCUUGGGAAGGACUCGGUGCUGUUGUUGGGAUCUCUAUGGCUGCUAUGGCUGUCGGUGCUGCCAUGAUACUUCCAUGGUAG